AGAGGCUGUUGAAACAGUUUUAUUCUUAUCACCUCUCUCGCAUGUUAAGUGACGGUAUCAGUAUAAAAAGAACAGAAAACCAGGACCAUAGAGUGACAACAGCCAGCUGAUGAACAUGUGGCAUGGAUCUCAAAUCCCGGAUAAUUAUAGCCUCCACUGACGGUGGUCAUACGGGGUGCAGCAGGACAGAGGGCCGGUAAAACGCUGUUUCUGUGCUUUUGUCUUCACUGAAAGCACGUGAAAAUAGGCGGGGAGGUAAUUUUUCAUUGUGCCGGGAUUGUGAUGGGCAAUCAGUGGCUUUCGAGCUGACUUGUAAACGCCACAAACUCCGAGUGAAAAAAAAGCCCUACAACGGUAAUCUCAACAACAGACAGGCACACGAAGCGAAUGGAAUAGGGGGAAAACAUUACAGCUGCCAUUCACAUUCAGAUCAGGCUGAGAACCGCUCUGCGCCCGGCGAGCUCUGCGCUUUCAUGAGAGCUGAACAGCUGAGGACGCGUGACGAAGAAAUCGGAGACAACAUAGCCUAUCGCUCGUGGUUGCUCUAGUCCAUAGCAGAAAGCGAAGGGGGCUGCAUCCAUUGUGCAUUGGCUAUUUGGAUUAUUAUUUCCAUUAUAAUCCGCACGGGGGAGGGGGCCGACCAGCGAUCUUGAAUCGAGGCGCCUUGAAUCUCCCCCGCCCCCACAUUCCAGACAAUAGAUUAUGCAGAGGAGCUGUCCAGUUAGCGGUCAGCCUCCUCAGAAGCUGGGGAGCGGGCAGCAUUGACAGCCGCCCCCGGGAAGCUAUUUUUGGGGACGGGGGAGGUGGCGACACCAAGGAAGACAGGGCAAAAGAAAGCAGGAGGAUCGCAGUCGCAUCCGGACGGCUGAUGUAUUUUCGGUGUCUCCGCAAAGGAAUUAAACAUUUCUGUUUCGUGCGACAUUAACUCACACAUUUGAUGUUGGACGUGCGCGAUCUGGUCAACCGCAACUCAGGAACUGACCGGAAAGAAAACUCGGUCAUUUACAAACGGUAUGACUUUGGUGCAAUCUGCAUUAAUAUAUCUACACAGAUUUAUAUUUGAUCAGCUAAGAAGGGGAUUUUUUUUGCGGACUGAGAGCCUAACAAAGGAUUUCCACAGAAGGCAAGACGAACAAUAGCUCCCAUCGCCCUUAGUAAAGUCCCCUUUCCUGCUCACCAAAGCGGACACGGGUGCGCGUCCAGAGCCGGCUGAGCGGAGCCCCGGGCGGCGGUCAGACCCCGUCAUUUACUCAGUGCUGCAAUUUGCGUUGGGAAAUUUCCUGGGAGCGCGUAUGGAAACAGCGACUCAAGCAGGAGCUUUUAAAUCCGAAAUGUGACUUUUUCCCUUUUCCGCCAGAACCACGCGACAGGUGUAUUUUUUGCAAUCAAGAAAUUGUUUACAUCUCAAGUGAUGGCAUUCCCUUCCAUGAUCUUCGGCCUCCUCCUCCUCUCCCUUGUGGGCGGUGGCUUCUCAGAAGAUGAGGCUUCGCCUCGUGGCUGCGGCUCCUUCCUGAAGAGGCCCUUCACCGCGCUGUGCGACCUGGACGCGGUGUGGGGCGUGGCGGCGGAGGCGGCGGCGGGCGGGGCGGCCCUGGCCUCGCUCGUCAUGGUCCUGGUGCUGCUGUGCCGCCUGCGGCGAAUCGCAGAACCUGAGAAGCGCAGCGGGGUGGCGCCGCUGCUCCUGCUGCUGGCCGCCAUCGUCGGGCUCUGCGCCCUCAGCUUUGCGUACCUCAUCGAGCUAGAUGAGCGCCUCUGUAUCAUCCGGCGCUCCCUCUGGGGGGCGCUGUUCGCCAUGUGCUUUGCCUGCCUGGUGACCCAGGGUGUACGGCUGCGCCGGUUGGUGCGCGGCGCCCGCAGUCCCGGCGGCUGUGCCCUGGCGGGGCUGGCGGUGGGCUUGGCCACGGUGCAGGGUAUCAUCGCCGCAGAGUGGAUCCUGUUGACGGUGGUGCGUCAGGGCCAGCAGGCCUGUCAGUAUCAGCCGCUGGACUUCGCCUUGGCCUGCACCUAUGUGCUGGUCCUGCUCGUCGCGUCCCUGGUGGCUGCGGCCUGCGGCCUGUGCGGGGAGCAGUCACAGUGGAAAUGCAACGCUGCAUGGCUGCUCGCCACCUGCAUCGCCUCCGUGCUGCUGUGGGCCGCCUGGCUGAUCUUCUAUCUCUACGGCAACGUGGCUCUCGGCCUGUCCUCCACCUGGGACGACCCGGCUCAGGCAGUGGUGCUGGUGGCGCAGGCCUGGCUGCUGCUGCUGCUCCACGCCGUCCCCGAGGCCCACGCUUGCCUGCGUCCCGCCCCGCAGCCUUCGGGUCCCGAUUACUUUGACACCUCGCAGGCUCCACCCCGCCUGAGGGAGGCCAGCUUCGAUGAGGACAUUCCCCUGUCCCACCGGCAGUUUGGGGAGAACCAGGGCUUCUCGUUCGAAGACAGUAACACAGCUCGUUCCGGAAGUCAGCGGAACGGCAACACAGGAACAAGGCCCAGCGCCCCCUUUCGCAGCAACGUCUACCAGCCCACUGAGAUGACCAUGAUCCUAAAUGGUGGUGCGGUGCCGUCCGCACCCCCAACCUAUACGGGCCGGCAGCUUUGGUGAGCGCUGGCAUGGAGGGGG